CGGUCCGACGAGGCUAGCUAGCCGUAGCCAACAAUUUGAGGCUCUCUGGAUUUGUGUCAGCUUUGCCUCUAGCACCGCUUCUCCCUCCGGUCUUGGAGCUGUAAACAUGCUCUCCUACGCUCUCAAGCAGCUCACACGGCCCUUGUGCCAGCGGGCCUCCACUCGCCUCAGCGUGCGAUUCCAGCAGUCCCAUGCAGCCACCCGUACCGCCGUCGAAGAUGGCUCCUGGACCGGACAAGAGAGUCUGGCUGAGGACGACCCAGAAAUGUGGUCUCUGCUGCAGAAGGAGAAGGACAGACAGUGUCGUGGUUUGGAGCUCAUUGCAUCAGAGAAUUUCUGCAGCCGAGCAGCUCUGGAGGCUCAGGGCUCAUGUCUGAACAACAAAUAUUCUGAAGGCUACCCAGGGAGAAGGUACUAUGGUGGAGCAGAGGUGGUUGACCAAAUCGAGCUUCUGUGUCAGAAGAGAGCUUUGGAGACCUUUGACUUGGACCCGGAAAAGUGGGGCGUUAACGUCCAGCCGUACUCGGGAUCUCCUGCUAACUUUGCUGUCUAUACGGCUGUUCUUAAACCCCAUGACCGCAUCAUGGGCUUGGACCUGCCCGAUGGAGGACAUCUUACGCACGGCUACAUGUCAGAUGUGAAGAGGAUCUCUGCAACCUCAAUAUACUUUGAGUCCAUGCCUUACAAGUUAAAUCCUGCUUCGGGACUCAUAGACUACGAGCAGAUGGAGAUGACAGCCAAGCUGUUCCGGCCCAGGCUCAUCAUCGCUGGCACCAGCGCCUAUGCUCGCCUCAUUGACUAUGCCCGCAUCAAGAAGGUAUGUACAGACAUUAACGCCUACAUGCUCGCUGACAUGGCUCAUAUCAGUGGCCUGGUGGCAGGAAAGGGAGUCCCCUCUCCCUUUGAACACGCUGACCUGGUCACUUCUACCACACACAAGUCCCUCAGAGGAUCCAGAGCUGGCCUUAUCUUCUAUCGUAAGGGCAUCCGCUCAGUGGACAAGAAAGGAAGGGAGAUCAUGUACGACCUGGAAGAUAAAGUAAACUUUGCAGUGUUCCCGUCCCUGCAGGGUGGACCUCACAACCACGCUAUUGCUGGAGUAGCAGUGGCUCUCAAACAGGCUCAGUCUCCUAUGUUUAGGGAGUAUAUUACCCAAGUACUGAAGAAUGCAAAGGCCAUGGCUGGAGCUCUUCUCAGCAAAGGCUACACACUGGUAUCAGGAGGAACAGACAACCACCUGGUUCUGGUGGACUUGCGCCCAAAGGGCAUCGAUGGAGCUCGCGCUGAAAGAGUACUGGAGCUCGUUUCGAUCACAGCCAAUAAGAACACAUGCCCAGGAGACAAGAGUGCCCUGACCCCCGGAGGCCUCAGGCUAGGAGCUCCAGCUCUGACUUCAAGACAGUUUAAAGAAGACGACUUUGUGCAGGUUGUGGAGUUUAUGGAUGAGGGAUUCAAGAUCGCUUUGGAUGUCAAGAAAAAGACAGCAAAGCUCCAGGACUUCAAGAACUUCCUCCUCCAGGACCCGGAGACGGUGGCUCGUAUUGCGGAUCUGCGGCACCGGGUGGAGGCAUUUGCCAGGCCGUUCCCCAUGCCUGGCUUCUGCGACCAUUAGGCGAAGUCACAGGUCUGGAACAGCCAGGUGGCAGACAGCUGGCUGGGCAGAAGUGUGCAUGGAGAAAAUGGAAAAAUGUCAUGGUAGUGAAAUGUGGAUGGUGCCUGAGAAUUAGGAUGACUUUAGUUCACUUUUUUAUUUUUUGCAAUCAGACCUGCUGAGACACAUUUUUUUUUCUUAAUACUUCUGUCCUGUCAUUCAUUGAUCUAUUCUUGAAAAUCCAGCCUUCAGUUUGAAGGAAACAAACGGGG